ACUUUCGUCAAUUUCUUUGAAUUUUUCACAUUGAAUGCGAAACCCAAAUACCACCCCUUACCCCCAUCUCACCUUGCAUUUGGGUAUAUUCUCGACCCGAUCCGCCCUCUCUUCACACGCCAUACUAAAAAAAUUCACCCAAAAUGCGAACCAUUUAAAAGGACCUGGAGAAGCAGAGAGUUUUGGAGUUGGGUUUUAUUUGGUUUUCGUUCUUCGCUAUCUUUGAAGGUGUUCUGCAAUGUGCGGCCGAGUUCUAUUCAAUGUGUGAUGGUAGUUUGUGAAAGAUGGGGAUGCUGCUGGUUACAUAGCGGUUGCAAUCCUUAAAUUUCCUGAAAUUUUCUUUUCUUCAAGAUUGGAUAAUUAGACCAAGUCAAAAAAUCAUAGUAGUUUAAAGCUUUCUUGGGCUUAAUUAGUUUCUUAUUGUUAUUUCACCCCCAAAAGAAGGAAAAAACUAGAGUCGCAUUAUGUAGCGAUGGCUAAUCUCUAGUCAUUUGACGUGUUGGAGUUGACUUUCUGAAUACACAGAGAGAUAUUGUUAGUGGUGUGAUAAAGAUCCGUGGCUAGUGAUGGAGCAUAUAAAUUUACUUUACGGUCAGCGGAAGAACCUCCAAUCUCCUAAUCGUAAGUUAUCAAAAAGUGGGAUCUCUAAAGAUUUGUGGGUAGUUGUGCGAGAAGGGUCUGUGGUUGAUGUGGAGUCAGCGUUGGUCUUACUGAAGAAAAAUGGAGGAAAUAUUAAUUCAAGAAAUGCUUUUGGUGUGACGCCUCUUCAUAUUGCAACAUGGAGAAAUCAUACACCUAUUGUUAAGAGGUUACUUGAAGCUGGCGCAGACCCUAAUGCUAGGGAUGGAGAAUCUGGAUGGACAAGCCUUCACAGAGCUCUACAUUUUGGACAUUUGGCUGUGGCUAGCAUGCUUCUUAAAUCCGAUGCUUCUAUUGCGAUAGAGGACUCUAAGUCACGUACACCAGUAGAUCUCCUCUCUGGGCCUGUGCUACAAGCUAAUGGCAAUCGGGAUAAUUCAGUAGUGACAGAGUUGUAUAGCUGGGGAAGUGGUGUCAAUUAUCAACUAGGAACCGGGAAUGCACACAUACAGAAGUUGCCAUGCAAAGUUGAGUCACUUCAUGGAUCAUUUCUCAACUCCAUUUCAUCAGCCAAGUUUCAUAGUGUGGCUGUCAAUGCUCGGGGUGAAGUUCACACCUGGGGAUUUGGAAGGGGCGGCCGCCUUGGGCACCCUGACUUUGAUAUCCACAGUGGUCAAGCCGCAGUCAUAACACCGAGGCAGGUAACAUCGGGGUUAGGUGCUCGCCGAGUCAAGGCGAUUGCAGCAGCUAAACAUCAUACAGUUGCAGCCACAGUCGGUGGAGAAGUCUUCACUUGGGGUUCCAACCGAGAGGGUCAGCUUGGUUAUACGUCUGUUGAUACUCAACCAACACCACGGAGGGUAAGUUCUUUAAAGUCGAAGAUAGUUGCGGUUGCUGCGGCAAAUAAGCACACUGCCGUGGUUUCUGAUUCGGGUGAGGUUUUCACUUGGGGCUGCAACAAGGAAGGCCAGCUCGGUUAUGGCACUUCCAACUCGGGUUCAAACUACACCCCAAGAGUCGUUGAAUACUUGAAAGGAAAAGUUUUUGUUGCCGUCGCUGCAGCUAAGUAUCAUACCGUGGUUUUAGGUGUCGAUGGAGAGGUGUUUACUUGGGGUCAUCGACUUGUAACUCCAAGGCGUGUGGUUGUUGCAAGAAUUAUAAAGAAAAGUGGAAGUACCCCUUUAAAGUUUCAUCGAUCUGCACGGCUUCAUGUUGUUGCUAUAGCUGCAGGGAUGAUACAUAGCUCGGCUCUUACCGAUGAUGGUGCAUUGUUUUAUUGGGUUUCUUCUGAUCCCAACCUUCGAUGUCAACAGUUAUAUUUGCUUUGCGGGAAAAGUUUGGUUAGUAUCUCUGCCGGAAAGUACUGGACUGCCGGAGUUACAGGUUCUGGCGAUGUAUAUAUGUGGGAUGGUAAGAAAAGAAAGGAUGUGCCUCCGGUUGUGACUAGAUUACAUGGUGUAAAACGAGCUACUUCGGUUUCAGUUGGAGAGACACAUUUAUUGGUGAUUAGUUCUUUGUAUCAUCCUCCAUAUUCUCUCGAAAUUGUAGACGAUUCUCAGAGUUCGAAGCCAAAACCGAGGGAAGAGCUGUUAGAUGAUGAAGAUUUUGCUUUUAAUGAUAACGGGUCUGAUGAAGUCUCUGCAACAAAUAAUGUUGAAAGCAAAUCUAUUCCGACUUUGAAAAGCCUUUGUGAGAAAGUGGCGGCAGAGAGUUUAUUGGAGCCACGAAGUGCGUUACAACUUCUUGAAAUUGCAGAUUCAUUAGAAGCCCAUGAUUUAAAGAAGCAUUGUGAGGAAAUCGUGAUCCGGAAUCUUGACUACAUUCUUACAGUCGCAUCCCAUGCAAUUGCUAGUGCUUCACUUGAUAUUUUAUGGAAUCUCGAGAAAUCAUUGGAUUCAAAAUCAUCUGAUGCAUGGAGUCACCGCCGGCUUCCAACCACAACGGCUACUUUUCCUGCUAUAAUCAACAGUGAAGAGGAUAGUGACAAUGAGAUCUUUAGGACACGUGACAAUCAUAACGGAAAGCUAGCUUUAAAGAAAGAUUUAAACCAGAAAUUUGAAGGGUUUUUUCAACCAUAUGAUGAUGCAAAUCACGAGAUUGUUAAACAAGUUCGGGCUAUAAGAAAGAAAUUGCAGCAGAUUGAGAUGUUGGAGGUGAAACAGUCAAAAGGGUAUCUUCUUGAUAAUCAGCAGAUGGCAAAGAUUCAGAGCAGGCUGGUUCUUGAGGGUUCACUAGUUGAGCUCGGUGUUCCAAUUGAUGCAAUUGGACUGAAGUCAACUUCAUUGUUGACCGUCGAAAAAGGGAAUAAGAAGGCCGAGGGAAGUAAGAAACAGAAGAAAAAAAGCAAACAAAAGUCAGCACAAGGGGGCGUGGUGUCUAGUAGUUGUGAAGAUGAAAAAUUGAACACCGUGAAGGGCUUCUCGCCUUCUGAAGUUGAGCAGGAGGAAAAGGUGAUAGAAGCCAACGGAAAACAGGUUGACACGGCUGUUAAGGAGACACCCAUUGGGUUCAAGAAAGAUGUUUCAUGUAUCCCAGAAAGUAAGCGUUCAGCAUCAUCAUCUAAGAAGAAAAAUAGAAAAGGCGGGCUUUCUAUGUUUCUAAAUGGUGCUCUUGAUGACAUCCUGAAGAAAGACCCUUCUCCACCCCCAACGCCCAAAAGCGAGGCCCCUGCUUGGGGAGGAGCCACUAUUUUGAAGGGGUCCACUUCUCUAAGAAAGAUACAGGAUGAGCAGGGGAAGACCAUGGGUAAUAAGCCAGCGGCUAGGAAAAAGGAUCCGUUGGAGGUUUUACCUGAUGUCAGUAUUGGUGACGAAUAUAUGUUGAGCUCGUUUUUUCCCUCAAAGCCGAUUCCUGUGGCUUCAAUCACAUCUCAAGUGCUAGAUUCUGAAAGAUCCACCCCUCCUUGGGUUCCUUCAGGGACCCCGCCCCUUGGUUCACGCCCGUCUCUCAGGGGCAUCCAGUUGCAACAGGGGAAAAAACAACAAACGUUAUCCCAUAGCCCAAAAACAAGAACCACUGGGUUCUCACCGACCAGCGGUCAGGGUGCACCAUCUGAUUCGGUGGGUUUAAACCGAUGGUUCAAGCCGGAGGUUGAAACACCAUCCUCCAUACGCUCGAUUCAGAUUGAGGAGAAGGCCAUCAAGGAUCUGAAGCGUUUUUACAGCAGUGUUAAGAUCAUAAAGAACGAGUCUUAAAAGGUCGUGCAAUAUUCUGUCGGCAGGUUAGGUUUUAUUUAACAUAACGAUCUUUUUCUUGUUUUAACAAGCUUCAUUUCUGCAAGUCAACUGUACAUAUUUCAUCAUUGUUGACUUGAGUAGACAUAUGUGUUUGACUGUUUCUUCUAUUAGUUUCUUGUUUCUCAAUUCAACAACUUGUUAACAAGAGAAUCUUUAUCCGAACAAAGAUCAAAUGUUAAGUUGGUAAAUUUACCAAUAUAUCCUUUACAUUGGCUUAUUGGAAAAUACUGAUGAUAUUAUCC